AUGAACGAAUUAAGUGUCGGCAACAUCCGGGAGGCUACGGCCUCUCGGCCUACUCCUCCCUCCUCGCUGGCUGUGGUUCCCUCCCAUUUGGUGUCGGAUUCGCCCUCCAGCGAAGACUCGCCGGAGAGUGACGCCUCGUCUCUCUCCCCGAUGGAAUGGCUCUCGCCCUUGGAGUCGCCUUGUGACCUGUCAGUCAUAUCCAGCAGUCACAGCCUCACCUCACCGGGUUCAUGCAUCGAGAUUCCCAUUCCUGGGUUGACUACACCUUUGGUCUCUCCCAGUGUACCGUCGUCAUUCCAUAGCACGACUUCGCCUUCGACUACAGUGUCCCCAUCAGGAACUGCCCGACCAGUGCACUGCACUAGGUCAUCCCCAAAUCCCAAGGUACCAGCUACAAGCUCUGGUUCAUCAGACAGUGACUCGGGAUCAGGAUGGAGCACGCCCUCUCCUGUCCGGAGUGUGGUUUCCAAUCCGAGUGUCCCCUGCUCCUCUCAGAGCUCUCCUGUCUGGUCUUCCUCAUCUCUCACCUCCUCGACUUCUUCUUCCUUAUCUCCACCCUCUGAUGUUAAAAGGUACUUGGUUGCAACAGCAAAUGGAAGGCGCAGUAGCACUACAGACCUUGCCCAGACCAGAGCAACUCGCAAAAAUCUAUGGGAAAAUAUCCGGGCCAACCCCAAGCUGAAUAAUAGCAAGUGCAGCUCUCAUUGUCGUCACGGGAAGCGUUCUCCCACCACUGAUGAUGAUGAUGAUAGUGAUUUCAGCUACACCUACCCUGCCAGUCCUUCAUCUCGCAACUCGCCACUCUAUAGAUGUCCUGUAUCAUCAGGUCCUCUUCUUUAUGGGCCUGCCAGCCCAAUUUCUCAGGGACCUCCAUAUCAAAGAGACAGAGGUUCACGCUCUCCGAGUCCUAUGCCUCGAUCCAGAAAGAGAUCCUCUCGGUGUCCUGUCAGUCCAUCACACUCCCCAGGAAGUCCUUUAGGUUGUUCAGCUGUUGGUCCAGGGGAAGGACUUGAAGGUGCAUCAUCACACUUUUGCAAAACCCCAGUUUCAGCUUCACCAAGCCCUGUUGGCCGCUAUUCAAAGCCAAAGGAUACAGAUGCUCUAUCUCUGAAAAGUCCAAUGAACGAAGUAGCAAAGUCUAGGUGCAAUAGCAGUGACACUACCAAAGGGAAACGACGAAGUGUUUCAAGUGUGGUAAGUAAUGUCAGCAUCAGUAGCAAAGCCUUCCACAAGAAGCAGAAUCACGGGGCCUCUGCAAGUCAUACAGAUGGACACCUAAGUCCCGAAAUUGUUAUCACUGCAGAUAAUAUAGAUAUCAUCCUUAGUGAUGACUAUUCCACUAUGGAUAAUAUAGAGACUGAACACAACCCAUCUAUAAAGAAAGGUAUUUCUUCUAAGAAACCAACAAGGCAUCUCACAGAUUUUGCAAACACUUCCCAAAAUAACGUCUCCAGGAAAUCCCAGUCAAAUCUGGAAGGAGAGAAGAUCAAGAAACUCGGGGAUCGCAAAGAAGACGGGGGAAAGGAGGAGGCUGGCAACGAAACAAGUGAUAAGGAUGAAAAAAUUCCCACAAAAAGCCGAAAGAAGAAAGCAAGGUCCAACAGCCUUGCAUAUGAACAACUCAGAUCAUCAUUGAAAGAGAAUAUUUCCAGCUCGGUUCAUAACCUCAGUGGCAACCAUUCAUCUGCAUCGAACAGUAUCAGUUACAGUAUUCCUAAUUCCCUCCAUACAAUUUGCAGUGGAAGUGAUAGCAGCCCAAAGCACACUAACAAAAAAAGUAAUAGAGCUGUUAGUAGAAGCUCAAGCAGAAAUGCUAGCAGGAGUGUUAGCAACAGCCUGUGGGAUUUGACUACUAGAAAACCUCUUAGUCAUUGUAACACUCCUUCCCCUUCACGUGACAGUACCACAAAUGCAGAGAAGUGGCGGCGGGCUAGUUUAGGGACUGUAGGUCUGUCACCGAGGAGCAGAUCUUCCACGCCAAAAGACAGAGAUGGUAGCAGGCGUAAUUCAGUUACUAACACAAAUAGUGGUAGUACCUGGAGUCUUUGGGGAGGGGGUGGGAAGAGCAAGAGUAUCACCUUUGGCCCCCCACCCCCCAUCACUGCCACUGUAUCCAGGGCCACCCCCACACUAUCCAAAACCAGUGGUGCUGCAUCAAAGACUGGACCUUCCAUAUCAAAGACUCAGGGAGCCAUACCCAAAACCAGGAAUGCAUCAUCCAGUAUUUCGAAAGUUGGAAAAGUGGUCAGCAAUGCCAUAAGGGUAGGUAAUACACUCAAAAAAGGGCCACAGAGGAGCCCAACUAGCACAUCCGCAGAACUUGACUUGCCCAGCGUGUCUCCUGGCCAAAGGCUGAGCAGAAAAGUCGGCAGCAGGAAGAAAGGUGCUGCACUUGAUUCAAGAAUGAGUCCUGAUAAUGGUGCUCAUAUCAGGGAUGCUUCAAGAUACAGCCCUGUCAGAGACCCUGCCAACUGUUCUCAUAGUUCUCGAGGGAGUACGAACAGCCUGUGGGACAGUACCAUGGAUAACAGUGCUAAUGUGUGGGACAGUAACUUUAGCUUAAAGGACAGAUUUAUGGGCAGCACUAUCAGUUUAAAAGACAGUUCUAUGGGUAGUUCCAUGAGCCUUCAUGAUAGUGCCAUGGGGAGUUCCAUAAGUCUAAGAGAUAGUAUAAUGGGUAGCAACAACAGCUUGAGACAUUGCUCCAUUGGUAGCAGCUCCAGUCUACGUGACAGUGCCCUUGGUAGCUCCACGAGCCUUGUGUAUAGCACCUUGGACAGUAUUGCCAGCUAUAAAGAUAGCACAAUGGGCAGCUGUACCAGUUUAAGAGAUGAUUUAAAGGGCAGCAGUGCUAGUCUGAUAGAUAUGCCCAUGGCCAGUAGCAAGAGUCUUACUGACAGUGUUUUAGAUUUAAGCAAGAAAGAUGUAUGUAAGACAGCAAACAUUAGUGAUGAUGCCAUUGGUAAUGGAGGUAUGAGUCCUGCGAAUAUCAAAAGAAAUGGUUCAAGGGAUAGUACUACAAGUUUAAAAGACAGUAUUCUGCGUAGUAGUGCUCAUUCAUCGAAAAGCAUGGGUAGCACUACAAGUCUGAGAGAAAGCACCUUGGCUAAUACUUCUAGUGUGAAAGAUGUAGGUAGUAUCACCAGUCUCAAAGAGAGUGACAUGUAUUAUAGAAAAGAUGGUUCCUUUGAGAAUGCAAUAAAAGAUUGCAGAGCUUAUAGUCGUGCAAAGAGCAUGACAAACCUCAGAGAUGAUUCACUUUUUAACAAUGCAAACUCUGGAUGUGUUGGUAUGACAGAUGCUUAUGUUACCAGACAAAAAGAUGUUCUCAUGGGUAGUGCUACUAACUUGGGAGAUAAAGCAGCAAAUUACCGUCUUAGACAUGGCAUAUUAGGUAGUGCCACUAAUUUGAGAGAUAGUGUAAUGACCAGUAACCAAAACCUUAGGCAUGGUGUGAUAGGAAGCACCACCAACCUACGAGAAAAACUUACAAGUAAUACUACUCGUCUAAGACAUGGUGUUGCAGGAAGCACUACUGAUGUCAGGGAUAGUUACUUAGGCAGAAACAACAGCAUUCGACAUAGUAGAAAUGGUAGCACUACUAACAUCAGAGACAAUGCAAUGGGCAGCACUGUUAGUCUCAGGCAUUGUGCCAUCAGUGACCUGAUUGAUAGUGCUAUUGGUCUUGCUACAGAUACUAUAUUUAAUACUAACUUGCAUGACACUGAUGAAAGCAGUAGUUCUGAAGAUGAAAAUGCAAACAAAAUAUAUGGCUCUUUGACGAAUAAGGCUAUGGAAUUCUUGACUAAAGAGAGAGUAACAGAUUUAAGUAAGAGUGCAAAUUCUUUGAAUGGUACAGCUGCAUAUGACCUGCUUACUGUGCCACAUGGCAAACCUGAUUUAAUGAUGAGCAGAUGCAGAAGUGCUCAUUCACUGACUGAACCUCAGCAGAGCUAUAAUGCUGUAGAUCACAUCUCUAGGACUCAAUCAUCUGAUCUGAGGGACCUUAUACGGAAGGACUCCCAGAGACAAAAACUCAAGCGAGGAAAAUCCCUAGAUCUUAGGGACCUUCCCCAGAGGUCUCACAGCCGUCGAGUACUUAAGAGAGGAAAGUCCUGUGACCUGAGAGAUCUUCCAUGCACAGAAUCUCUUGAUACACCUGGUUCAUCUGAGAUAGAGGACAGCAGAGAGUUUCUUAGAAUGAGAACCUGGGAAGAUAGGGAGGUACCUAAAGCAAAAUCUUGGGAUGGAAAAGAUGCCUCUCAGCUCCAUGAAAGCAUGGUAAACUACAUAAACCAACUUGAAGGAGACUUACAGAAGUGUUCCAGCAUGCAACAAUGCAGUAGUCCUACAGUUGAAGUAAAUUAUGGUUCUGAUUGUGGAAGUGACAACCAUAUGGAUAGAGGUUCUGGUGAGGAGGAAAGUGCUGCUGAUAACACAAGCAGCCAUCAUGAGUUCUCUCAGAAUGGUGAUACCAUCCGUUCAGAUACUCCUGAGCCAAACCAUAGAAGGAGGAGGCGAGGCAGUGCUGACAGACGUAGUGGAUCAGGAAGACGCCAAAGCCUUGACAACUUAAAUGGCGAGGAGCUAUUGUAUGCAUUAAGAGGGAGGCGAGGAAGUGGAGGCAGCCACUCUCACCUCAGAGGAGGCUGUGCGGCUGGAGGUAACUCUUGGAUCUCGGCCAUCCCUCGCCAUAACAGGAAGUGGGAGAGUCUCCGUCGGGGUGUUGUAGACAAGAGCAUUCGCUGCUCCACUCCCAAGCAAGGGCGGAGGGGAUCUGUAGAAAACAUAUGUGGUGGCAUGGGUAGGAAAAAGAUCAGUAGUCUUUGGGACAAUAUCCUGGGGCAAUAUGUGGAAGGAGAGUUAAAAGCCAAAAAAAGUUUAAGUUGCAGUUCCUUUAAAGUUGGAGGAGGUGAAGAAAAAAGUGAAUGGGUCACCACCAGAGAUGAUGUAGAUCAAGAGGAAGAGGAAGAGGAAGAGGAAGCAGCAACAACUGGAGUCUUGACUGAAUCAGGAGGGAACAGUGAAGUAGUUUGUCCUCAGAGGAGAGCCCCACGCUUCAGUGAGAUUUUUGGUGGUGGAAGCAUUGAAGAAUCCCGCAGAAGUCGCUUGGAAAUGACCUAUGGAUCUCAAGACUUUAAGGACAGUAAGAGGCGCAAGAGAUCUAAGGAUAAAAAGAGAGGUAAAAUGGUUAGUUCUGAUAGUGAUGGUGACUUCAAAUCUGCAAGUGGGCAUUCCUUCAGCAGGGAAAGUGGACUGGGAAGCAGCUGUGAGGAGGAAACAGACUACAGCUCUGGCAAUGUGACCCCUGAAGGCUCCCCCUCCCAUGUAGGCUCCCAGAAGGUUAUGGCUGCCAUAAGCCAUUAUUUGCGAUCUGUAGAUGUGGCAGAAAGUGAAGAGGAUGUUGACAGCUUUAGCAAGGAAGCUGAUCACAUCAGUCCAGGUGACUUGAUGCUAAUGUCAGAUAAUGAGGACAAUUUCAGCCUUAGCUGGGAGGAUCUCAUCAUAUCCUACAAGAGUCUGAAAUAUAAACCCAAUACUAGCAAGAUUUCCGAGCUUGAAAAUGGUUUUGAAAAUCUGCAAAUAGACUUAGAAAAUAAAGAGGCCAGUGGGGAAGUCGAUAACCCUAAAUUGGAUCAAGAAUUGGAUAAACUGUUAGGCUGUGACUAUCGACAGUUGGAAGGCGAGAUUCUUUCUGGCAGAAGUACCCCAGCCCGUGGAUCAAAAGAAGUUGUUUUCUCAAGCUCUGCAAAGAUCCCAUCUCUGAAACCUGCUUCCACAGAUGUGAGAAGACCUUGGUCUGCUGAACCUCCACGCAGUGCUGAAAAGAGCCAUGUAUGCAAUGAAUCAGUGAAUAACCCAGAGAACCAUCAGAUUGACGAUCAAACGACAGAUGAGGAUUCGAAGAGUGACAGUGUAGUAACAUGGUGUUCUCAGGACAAGAAUGUGAGUCGCCAGAGUACUAUCGUGUGUAAUGAGGAAUCCGAUGAAGUUCCAGAUGCAGCUGAGGACACCUCAAAGGUCCCACGUCCUCCAACACCAGAUUCAGCCUUGGGAUCCGACUGUACGCCUCUUUCGCCUGUCAGCGGGGAAGAAACGACAGUUAACGACGCUACAGAAGAGGAAGAAGACGUCCGAACCCGAGGUCGCGCCAAAGAGCAAGGGCCGCAGCCAGGGCUCGACGGAGCGCGGGACCGAAGUGUGAGCUGCAGCGAAAACAUAAAAGCCUUCUUGCUAUCCCAGCCUUGCGCCUUCGCCCACGUCGCGGGGGAGGACUGCGCCCACGAGCACACGGACACCUGCGGUGACAAGCACUUCUACCCGGACGCCGACAGGAGUUCAAGCAAGCAAGCGGCCUCGGGCGUCGGCAGCCCUGGCAAGAAGGCCAAUCCCAGGAAGGCCGCGCGGCGUGCGAACAAGGCUUACAGGAUUAGGGAAGACUCGCAAGAAGCGGAACGCAGUCCCACAAGCAACGGGGUGAAGGCUGCCGCCGCCUCGGGGUUUCAGCGCCAAACGGGAGGCGCCGCUAAGGUCGCGAACUUUUUGAAACACCCCAUUUUCACUUUCUAA